UCGCACGUUAAUGGUGCGAUCUGCCUUGGUGGCGCCUUACAAAUCAACGACUACAAAUUGAUCCCUUGGUGGAUGUGACGUCUGCGGGGCUGUUAUUGCUGACUACACUACGCUAUUCACGUCACCCAAACGGUACUUUCGAGGAGUGGGGAGUGAGUAUAAAUGGCUCAAAAUCCUUCCAUUUUUCAGUUCGACGUCAAUUGAAGUCGUGACUUCUUUACUACUCACUUCUCCCAAAAGCUAAAUUAACCGUCAAAAUGGGUGCUGAAGCAUACACCGAUAAACCCCACUCUCACCAUGCUAUUCCCAAGGACAUCCCAACUGAGGAUCACCUGAAAAACAUUGCAGCUCCUGGAGUCUCGUACUUCACACCCCUCCAGGAUCCUCCAGCUGGUACUGCCCUUGGUAUGACCGAUGGCAGCUCAAAGAUCCCCAAGCUCUUCCAGCCCCUGAAGAUCCGUGGACUUCAGAUGCAGAACCGCAUCGCUCUUUCGCCGCUUUGUCAGUACUCGUCCCAGGACGGUCAUGCCACGGACUGGCAGCUCACUCACUUGGGUGGAAUCCUCCAGCGUGGCCCUGGUCUGACCAUGGUCGAAGCUACCGCUGUUCAGUUCAACGGACGCAUCACUCCGGAGGACGUUGGUCUGUGGAAAGAUUCCCAGAAGGAGCCCCUUCGCAGAAUUGUUGAGUUUGCUCACAGCCAAAGCCAGAAAAUCGGUAUCCAGCUUGCACACGCUGGACGCAAGGCUAGCACAGUCGCGCCGUGGCUGAGCAAGGGCGACAUUGCAGGAAAAGACUUGAAUGGCUGGCCCGACAACGUCCAAGCACCUUCCGCUAUCGCAUUCAACAACAACCACUGCCAGCCCAAGGAGAUGACCCUGGAUGAUAUCGAGCAGCUGAAGAGGGACUUCAAGGCUGCCAUUGAGCGAGCUAUGUCCAUCGGCUUCGACUUUAUUGAGAUCCACAAUGCUCAUGGCUAUCUCCUUCAUUCUUUCCUGUCGCCCGCUUCUAACAAGCGCACGGACAAGUAUGGUGGCUCUUUCGAGAACCGUACCCGUCUAACUCUUGAGAUCGUUGACUUGGCUCGCGCCACCAUCCCCAAGGAUAUGCCCCUUCUCCUCCGCAUCAGUGCUACCGAUUGGCUUGAGGAGGCCGGGAUUGAGGGCUGGACUGUUGAGCAGACCGUCAAGCUCUCUGAGCAGCUUGCUGAGCACGGUGUCGAUCUUCUCGAUGUUUCAUCCGGAGGUCUCCACGAGAAGCAGCACAUCCACGGCGGUCCUGGCUACCAGGAGCCCUUUGCCAAGGCUGUCAAGGACAAGGUCGGCGGUAAGAUGCUCGUUGGUACCGUCGGUUCCAUCACCAAUGGCAAGCAGGCCAACGGCUACCUUGAGGAUGACAACCUGGAUGUUGUUUUCGUUGGCCGCAUGUUCCAGAAGAACCCCGGUCUUGUCUGGCAGUUCGCUGACGACCUCGGCGUAGAAGGUCGCUGGGCAAACCAGAUUCGCUGGGGCUUCGGUGGAAGGGGCAAGAAGUUGUGAACAAGAAAGCAUUUGCCAACGAGGCGGCGUUCGUAGAGCACAAAAAGAACUAGACGUCAAAACUUGUACUUAGAAUACCCAUCGAAUGCACAGUCUGAGCGCGUUCGUUUCUAAACAUCAGUGUUGUACGAACAAGACGUACCGGUACGUACCUCCUCGAUAUCGAUCGUUCCUGCAACGGUACUGGCGACGCGUACGCUUGGACUGUGACACCGGAAGCCGAUGAUUGGUCACAACCGGAACAUCAC